AUGAACAUCUGCGUUGGUGUUGAUAUUGAAUUAUCUAAUGGGGAACUUUAUCUUCCUAAAAAUAUCUGCGAAAAGUAUGCAGCAGCUGGGAUUAAUUCUGUAUUUUCAUGGCAAGCCGAAUGUUUAAAUAUACCCGGUGUACUUGAAGGAAAGAAAAACCUUGUGUAUUCUGCUCCAACAAGUGCGGGGAAAACGUUGGUUGCGGAGUUGAUUAUGCUUAAACGUGUGUUGACAACGAAUAAAAAGGCAAUAUUUAUUUUGCCGUAUGUUUCCGUAUCAAGAGAGAAAGUUACUUCCUUACAAAACAUUUUCGGUGGCGCGAGACUACGUGUUGGCGGUUUUAUGGGAGGUGUAAAUCCCAGCGGUGGUCUCGCAUCUGUGGAUGUCGCUGUUUGCACGAUUGAAAAGGCCAACAACAUGGUAAAUCGUCUAAUUGAAGACGAACGCCUUUCUGACUUAGGAUUAGUUGUUGUUGACGAGUUGCAUUUAAUCAGUGAUUCUCAUCGUGGCUACCUACUGGAACUUCUGCUUACAAAAAUCCUUCUCCACGAGCACAUGGAGAACAGUCGGGGCCAUACAUCCUCAUCGCCUAGUCAAUGCCGAAGUGAUAAGAACCACCACAUUCAAAUUAUUGGCAUCUCAGCAACCCUCUCUAGCCUCUCCGUUCUAGCCGACUGGCUUCAAGCUGCCGUCUACACCACUGACUUUCGACCUAUUCCUCUCACCGAGAUGGUAUACUCUAAGGAUACUGUUUAUCGUGUAAUGCCAGGGGAUGGUACUAACCACGAGCUCUUGGAGCCAGUCAACUCAGCCGACGUCGGUCUGCUUACCACUGCCUUCGAAGGUGCUCUCCAAGUUGACGCCGACGAUGGCGUCUCAGAACUCUGCUUGGAUACGCUAAUUUCUGGCCAUGCUGCCCUGGUUUUCUGUCCAACGAAACAGUGGUGUGAGGAGCUAGCAGAAUCCAUGGCGCAGAAGAUAUCCUCUCUGGCGGGGCCUUUCCUGCUGUCUAGAGGCGAUUUGCCGUGUGAAACGGAGAACGCGCCUGGACUAAUCCUAAGCAAGCACCUCAACGAAGCGGGACUGGCUGAGUGCCUGAGACAGCUUGGAAGCGGCCCUACCGGCCUCGAUGCUUCGCUUUCUCGGUGCGUUCGUUUCGGCGUCGCCUUCCACCACGCCGGCCUAACAAUGGAGGAACGCGACAUCCUUGAGGCGGCGUUUCGCCGGGGCUACCUCCGCCUGCUGAUCGCCACCUCCACACUGAGCUCCGGCGUCAACUUGCCCGCCCGUCGAGUCAUCAUUCCCACUGUCCACUUCCACGGCCAGACCCUGGACUACCUGACCUACAAACAGAUGGUCGGCCGAGCGGGACGCAAGGGCGUCGACGUGCGAGGUGAAAGUGUGCUCAUCUGCAAACCGAGAGACCUCGGCAAGGUGAAACAACUCCUCUCUAGCGGCAUGCCCCCGGUCACCUCGUGUCUGCUGACUCGCAGCGCCGAUCCCGAGGCCAGUUUGCGUCGAGCUCUGCUUGAGGUCAUCGCGAAUGGCAUCGUGGAUAAUGUGGAGGAUGCCAAGCAUUACCUGGACAACACCCUCCUUUCGGCCUGUCUACGGGCAUCUCGUUGUCGCAGGUCGCCCAGUCCAAGUCCGCGGCUGCGUUCGCGUCGCCGAUCCUCCGGCUGUGGAUACGCAGACAUUGCUGGAGGCCUUCCACGUCUCCUGUCUGCCUGUCUGGAGGCGUUGGCGAGUAGCAAGCUGAUCACAAUGGAGGCCUGUGACGAUGCUCCAGACCUGCUGCGGCCAACAGCGUUGGGCCGUGCUGUGCUCUCGUCGUCCCUCGGUCCUGUUGACGGCCUGACGGUGUACGCAGAGCUCUCCAAAGCCCGUCGAAGUGUUGCGUUGGACACGGACCUUCAUCUGGUCUACUUGGUGACUCCAGUCUACCUAAACGUGGAUAGGCCAAUGGAUUGGUUCCUCUACUUGGAUAUCUAUCAUAACUUGAGUCAGGAAGAACGCCACGUCGCCGACCUCGUUGGAGUUGACGAGCGCUUCAUAACGCGGUGCCUGUCCGGUUCAACCACCGGACGCACCAACACGUCCACCGCCGCCUCUCUCCACCUCCUGCAUCGACGCUUCUACAUGGCGCUCAUACUGUACAGCCUGGUGUGCGAAGGGGGUCUGGCAGGGGUUUCUGAGCGAUUUGCCGUAAAUCGGGGUGUAUUACAGAGUCUGAUGCAGCAGGCUUCCACGUAUGCAGGCAUGGUGACCGUUUUCUGCAAUCGCCUUGGCUGGACUCACAUGGAGAGGUUGUUCGCGGGCUUCCAGACUCGUCUCUUUUUUGGUGUCGCCAACGAACUGCUUGAUUUGAUUCGCCUAACUCCACUACUCAACGUCCAACGUGCCAGAGCGCUCUACUUGGCUGGAUUCACGUCAGUCGCCGUGCUAGCGAGGGCUCGAACUAAGGAGGUUGAACGCGUGCUACAACGAGUUAACCCCUACUCCAGUGGCACACAGCACGAAGAUGAUCGCAAAACUCAGUCGGCGAUAGUUCUUUCGGAUGGUUCCGUCAUCAGCGAGCACGAUCUGCCGCCGUUAGUGGUUGCCAGGGCGCAGGAACUGCUUCGUGAAGAUCUUUGUGCCAACUACGGUGUCGACCUAGCGGCGGUGUCCGACAGAGUAGUUGGCACAACGUCUUCGCCGUCUCCCACCUCCACGCCACCAUCCAAACGACGAAGGUGCUCACUCGCCGACGCUUUGAUUCAGCGAUCACCUCGUGCGAGCGGAUGCCCUGCGUCUAGAUUUUCCCCCAACGCGCUCAAACACAAGAUCUCCUCUCCCGUGAAAUUGUCCAACCUCCUGCGCUUGAACAAUGCUCCAAACGUCACCGCAGCGACUUUGGCGAAUCCGUCCACUCCAACAGACUCUAACCCACAAGAAAUGGCUUCUCUGGCUUCCAUUGACAAGGACGGCAGAUCUGUGAACGUGAUAGCCUCUUCGUCGUGUUGUGAAGAAAGUUGCCUUGCCACUCAGAGUCCAGUGCCGUUAUCCUUGAACGUGGAAGUGGAGGAGAGCGCGAGUGACUCAGGUCGAACCUCCACGACCAGCAACUUCCUUCGACACCUCGAUAAUGUCGCCUCAUUAACGCCUUCCAGAGUUCAGGGUUCCUCGCCUGUGCUUGCUGGUAAAAUACACGCGAGCACUCCGUCAUCAAUUCAAAACGAGGCUGCAGUCUUGAACGACACCAUGACUUUCUCUAUGAUGGAGAGGAUUACCGAGAAUUUGCCGCAGUUGUUGUCAAGUAGCGUCAGCAAAAUCAUCGAAAAUUCACAGAAUUCCAUUUCGGCUAGGGUGAGCACACAUCGGGAACCGAUGGUCUACGAGAAUGUCAGCAGUGAGGACAUCUUCAGCAGUCAGAUCCACGUCGACAAUUCUACAGGCGAGGCGAGGCGCUUAUCCGAACUUCACGGUGGACGCAUCGACACCUUCCAGUCGGCCUCCAUGGUGACCAUCCUGGUGAAGUAUUUAAUCGGGCAUUGUCGGGCUAUGGAACUUGCCAUGAUUAAAAACGGCGGAUGUGUUGCUUCCACCUCACACAAAUCCCACCGGGCCGAGGAGACAGGCCAAUCUCCGUGUCGCUCGUCUAACGGUCAGGGUGACGCACCUUCAAGAAAACAGCACAACUCAACCACCGGUGAGCCAUUGUUCAGGGUCGUCGACGUGACAAAAACCGCCCGCCUGUGGACCACUUUCCUGUCGGAGCUGGACACUGCACGGAGCUCGUGUGGUGGUGUCUUCUGGCUCGCUCUGCAACCGCACUGGCGUGUCCUGACCUCUCGAUUGGAGUGUCGCGAUGUCGGCGGCGGUCUUGUCUGGCACAACGGCUGCGCCGGUCAACGCCGUCAUGGUGGCGGCUCUGGGGCUUCUUGCGACGUCUGUCUGCACCUCGAAGGGAUCGCCUUGUGUGCUUCUGACCUCCAACCUCGGGUCGUCUUCUGGAUCCCUCUCACCACCACCGCCGCAGAUUCGGCACGUGUUUUGUCGGACCUGCGACGUUUGCUCGGGCGACCCCGCCUCGGUCUCGUCGUCUGGGACGUCAAGUGGUGGCUUCGUGUUGCUGCUGAGGUGUUGGAUGUAGACAUCUGUUCGACGACAUGUCAUUUCGAUCCUAGCCUGAGCGGUUGGUUGCUGGACCCAGACAGUGGUUGUCCGCGGCUUGUGGAGGUGGUUGAUGCGCCUGGCAUAACCGGUGGUCUUCUCUCGGUCGGCUAUUCCCUUGCAUCGCGUUAUCUUGCGUUGCGCUUAAUGAAGGAGGAGAACGCAUCACGUCUCCUUUUCCACUUACUAGAUCCACCACGCCAGCUCUCCGAUUGGACGAAACUGCGACUCGCUCAGCCAAUAACAUCGCCGUCUGCUGCGCACAGCUCCAUUGGUUCAAAUGCGUCAACAGCCCUCUCCUCCUCCGGCAUCCUCGACGCUGCUGCCCAGUGCUUUCUACUCUCGUUGUGUUCGGCUAAUUCCUCGUUGGCGCACCCAUCGCUUGAAAGGGAGGUGUCAAUCUCUGGAUUACUCGCCACCUCCGAAUGCGAUGGUUUUGUCCUAGACUUGGAUGUUCUCCAUGAAUGCCAAACCCGGCUGCAGAAGACGUGCGACGACCUCACCAACUUGGCACACCGCCUCGUCGAUUGCCUGUUUAAUCUGGGCUCGCCACGCGAAGUGGCCAAUAUCCUCUACCAGCGUCUGCGUCUGCCCGUGUAUACGAGUUUGGCGGCGGAAAUGACGGCCAGCAAACGCGCCCACCGCAGCAAACUUGGAGUCGGUCUGUCCAACCGAUUUCGCCAGUUGCCAACGCGAAAUGAGAUUCUCAGCCAACUGACGUCGCUGCACCCUCUGCCGCGGAUCAUCAUGCAGUACCGCCAUCUGCAUGAGUUGUCAGUGAAGGUCCUUGGUGGACUCAUUCGCUCUUGCGACCCGGCUGCUGAUAGACACGAGGUUGGGUCUCUUGUUGUUAAUAUUGUCAUGAAUUCACCCUUUUAUUGUGUAGCGCUUGCGUCUAUACCGUCGAAUUUGUUGAUGUUUCAUCACCAACUGUUGAAACUUGCAGUGCCACAGCGGAACAGUCGAGAUGAAGUGCGGAUCGCUUGUGUCUACAGGACCUGCACUGCCACGGGACGAGUCGUCUCCACGCGCCCCAACUUGCAGGCGGUGCCGAAGGACGUGAAGUUCUCCUGGGACGUCAUCGUGAACCGACCGCCGCCGCCUCCGCCAGCAUCGACGGAGCACGGCGCUGUGAGGCCACCAUCUACCGAGUGGCCACCGUCGAUAGCUAGUGUUUUGCAGUCCGUUGCAAGCAAGACCGACCUCGUGCUGCAGCCAAGGUCAGCUUUCAAGGCCGCUGCCGGCGCGAUCUUGGUGUCUGCCGACUUUUGCCAUCUGGAAUUGCGUGUGCUGGCGCAUUUGAGUCGGGAUGAGUCUCUUCUGCGGCUGUUCACUGCACCUUUGGACAGUGGCGCGCAGGACGUCUUCAAAUUGCUCGCCGCUCAUUGGCUGAAGCGUGAAAGUCCGGAAUGCGUAACAGACGAAGAGAGGCAGCGUGCGAAACGCCUCUGCUACGGCCUCAUCUAUGGUCUGGGAGCUAGCGGCUUUGCCUCACAAACCGGUCUCUCUGUCUCCGACGCCCAAAAUCUCAUUGACGAAUUUAUGCACGCAUUUCCAGGUGUUGCCAAUUUCAUCGACGGCGCCAUCCAAUCAGCGCACGAGACCGGCGAGGUUCGAACCAUCGGUGGUCGAGUGCGUCAGCUGGAACGCCUCAAGGCGAACCCUAGCGUCGCGGAUUGCGAGAGCUCCCAGCCAACCUCCGGGGAGCAAAUACUCCAACGCCAAGGCAUGGGGUCUCACCUUGUUCAAUCACUCCACCGCUUUCCGUUGAGCCUUCAAGGCAUUUCUUUCUCGUUGCAGGCUGAACGCCAAGUCGUCAACAGCAUUGUUCAGGGCAGCGCGGCUGAUCUCGUGAAGGUUGCCAUGGAGAGGGUUGACGCGGCUGUGCGCCAGGAGCUGCGUCGACCAUCGCCGUGUUUUACCGCCUGCAAGCUGGUCCUUCAUCUCCACGACGAGCUGAUAUAUGAGGUGUCGCCUGAGUCGGCUGCGGGUCAGUUCAGUGAUCUAUUGCGUGCAGCAAUGCCUUCCGCCGGAGAACACUUCUCCCUCCGCGUGCCUCUGCCGGUCAAAGUGAUGACUGGCACAACGUGGUCAAACCUCCGGCUUGCCGAAUGA